AUGGUGCCUCCAAGUAACCUGUUUCCUUCUGACAGGGGUCACCAGAGCCAUAGGGACCAAUGCCAGGCUUCUGGGAGGUGGCUCCAGGCAGGUGGCCAAGAUUGUGAGUGCAAAGAUUGGUUCCUGAGAGCCCCUAAAAGAAAACUCAUGACAGUGCCUGGCCUCCCAAAGAAUCAGUGUCCCUGUGAUCAUUUCAAGGGCAAUGUGAAGAAAACUAGGCACCAAAGGCACCACAGGAAGUCAAACAAGCACUCCAGAGGCUGCCAGCAUUUCUCAAACGAUGUCAGCUAGCAAGCUUUGCUCUGCCUUUAUAGGAGCUUUUAGC